AUGACUUCAAUUUUUGAUCAAUAUGAGCAAGCGUCUCAGGUGUCGCAGCGCCUGGUUCCUGCUUCAGAACAGAUGACUUCUUCAGGUUACAUCAAUAUCCAACUGGAUGAUAACAAGCCCAUGUUUUCAAAGAGACAAAUGAAUUUCACGCCAUCAGAUUUAAUCACCCACGUCGCUGUUUCUAGUGAUUAUCUAGUUCUAGCUAUGGCAAAUGGAAUGUUAUUUAGACUAGAUGUUAAAAUGCCUGAUGAAAAUGAAGAAAUAAAUUAUUCGAAAUAUGUUCAACCCAACUCCAAACUUACUGCAAUCUUUCUGGAUCCACUGGGCUAUCAUCUGCUAUUAGCUUUUGCUGCUAGAAACAAAGAUGGCAAUCCAGAACUGGUGUACCUUCACCGAAAGAGUAAUAAAUUGAAAACGGUUGCAAAGUCUAGGAAUUACGAAGUGACUGAGGUUGGUUGGAAUUAUGAGAAUACUUCAACUUCAACAACGGGACCCAUACUACUCGGGACAUCACAAGGACACAUUAUCGAGACAGAACUAGAAACAGAUAGCGAUAAAAUGUUCACCGCCAGUCAACAGUAUUGGAGACAGAUUUUUGAUAUCGGUAAGGGUACCGACACACCCAUUACUGGUAUCCAGUUCCAUAGAGUGAACAACACAACCAAAUUCUUCAUAUUUGUCACAACACCCAAAAGGCUGUACCAAUUCAUCGGACAUGCUAUGGCUUCUGAUGAGAAACCAUUCCUACAAUCAAUAUUUCACUCUUAUCUAACAACUCUAGAAACAGGCUUCCAUGAAAUACCAUCAACACUCAAAUACUCCAAAUUGCAGUUCUUUUUCGAUAAAACAAAUACUCCUAAGACAUUUGCCUGGCUGACAGAACCUGGUAUAUUUUAUGGGCAGCUAGAUCCUACUUCUCAACAGAACUCCAACUCACUGUUCACACAAGGCGAACUCAUUACUUACUCUGAUAAAAGUGAGAAAAAUGACACCAAAGAAGCAACACCGCUCUCGUUUGUUCUUACAGAGUUUCAUGUCCUUCUCAUGUAUUCUGAUAGAGUAAAAGCGGUGUCGCUGUUAAACCAAAAACUGGUCUACGAAGACAGAUAUUCAGAAGUACAUGGGAAAUUGAAGAAUAUAGUGAAAGAUCCCAUCGGAAAAACAAUUUGGACCGUGACAGAUAAAACUGUUUUUAGAUAUAAAGUAGAAAGAGAAGAAAGAAACGUAUGGAGGAUAUACUCUGAUAAGGAACAAUUCGACCUGGCAAAACAAUACUGUCAGAAUAAUCCCGCCUAUAUAGAUAUAAUAAACGUAAAACAGGCAGAAUUGUUGUUCAAGAAAGGCGAUUACGAUAAAAGCGCUGAAAUAUACGCGGAGACACAGAGCAGCUUCGAGACUGUUUGCCUCAAGUUCUUGGAAUGCGAUCAGGUUAACUCACUGAAGGUGUAUCUCAGCAAAAGAUUGGACACUUUGGAUGACGAUAAAACUCUAAUAUCGAUGAUAGUCAUUUGGAUGACGGAGUUGUUUCUCUCACAACUCGGCUCCCUCCGUCGUACUGGGAAAGCCGAUUCCAACGAAUAUCAUCAGAUUCAAAGCAAUUUCGAGAUCUUCCUCCUCCAACCCAAGGUCACAAAAUGUAUGCAACACAUUAAAACCGUCAUUUAUGAUCUGAUGUCGUCACACGGUGAUAAACAGAACCUCAUAAAAUUGACUAUCAUCAAUGAGGACCACGAGAACGUCGUGGCGCAAAAUAUUUACGAGAAGUCUUACAUACAGGCUUUAAAUAUGCUGCAGCAUUUGAAGAAACCCGAUCUAUUCUAUCAGUUCGCUCCGGCGUUAAUGGAGGAAAUACCGAGAGAAACCGUCAACGCUUUGAUAUCACUCGGACCGAUUUUAAGUUCCUCAAAACUGUUACCGGCCUUCCUUUCUUGCGAAAAUGAUGAAGCUCACGUGUCUGAAAUCAUUAGAUACUUGACCUUCAUGCUGCAGAACUACAAUGUCAAAGAUCGUGCGAUUCAUAACUAUUUGUUGACGCUGUACGCGGAACACGAUGUACCGGCUCUUAUGAGGUACUUGUCACGUCAAGGACAGGAGUUGUCGAUGGUGAACUAUGACGUACAUUAUGCAUUACGACUCUGUAGAGAGAAGAACUUGACUGAAGCGUGCGUGAAGCUGUCAGCGUUGCUCGGCCUUUGGGAGUCAGCGGCUGAACUAGCGCUACAAGUAGAUACGGAGUUGGCUAAGACUGUGGCUGACAUGCCUGAUGAUGUGACACUACAGAGGAGACUGUGGCUUGGAGUCGCGGAACACGUUAUCACAAAGAACCAAGACAUCAAGGUCGCCAUGAGUCUUCUAGAAGAAUGUCCUCUCAUCAAAAUAGAAGAUAUUUUACCUUUCUUUAGUGACGUCAUUACUAUUGAUCAUUUCAGGGAACCCAUCUGUCAGUCCCUACAGGAAUAUAAUAAUCAGAUUGAAGAACUCAAAGCAGAAAUGGAGGACGCCACGAAAUCAGCUGAGUAUGUCCGUAGUGAGAUCCAGUCGUUCCGUGGUCGGAGCGCUUUGGUCUGUUCAUCAGAUACUUGUUGCGUGUGUUCCCUAGCGCUACUCCUGCGUCCCUUCUACUUAUUCCCUUGCAGUCAUCGCUUCCACAGCGACUGUCUCCGGACAGAGAUAUUACCGGUGCUGGCGCCCGCACGUCGCAAUAAACUGACGGAUCUUCAGAAACAGCUGUCGCUGUUAUCUAACAUAGAACUAUCAACAGUGACAUCUAGUGGACUCCCGCUGAGAGAAGUGUUGAAGAACGAAAUUGAUGACAUAGUAGCCAGUGAGUGUCUGUACUGUGGAGAAUACAUGAUCACUUGUAUAGAUAAACCAUUCAUCCCUGACGAGGACUGGGACCGGGUUGUGAAGGAAUGGGAAUGA